AUGACAUUCUUGCCCGAACUACGUGAUAAACUAAAAGAGAAUAACACCGUACCGACUCUCAUCAAACUUACUCAAGCUAGUUUCGAUAAAACUCAAUUUCAUACUUAUCGAGCACUAGCUGCUAUCCUUACGGAUAAUGAUAUCAAACAAUUGGCAAAUCCAGCCCAGAUCACAACUGUAUUUAUCACCUACUUGAAAAAAUCUAUUGAUGGUAUUGGACUAAAGCAGCGUUUAGAAAAUUUGCUGCUCAGUUUGAAAAUUCUUAUACAACAUGAUCAAAUCAAAGAGGAAUUUGUAAAACAAACGGAUGGUAUUCCUCUUCUUGUUCGAUGCGCAACUGAAACUCAGUUUGAUGGUACAAAAGUACAGUUGCGUGCACUCAAAAUUCUCAUGUCAUUAACUUUUAACAAUGAAGCCCAAUUAUUACUCCAAAAAAACAACAGCUUUAUUCAGUAUCUAAAUAUACUGAUCACAUCUUCGAAAGCACCUGAUUUUCAGAAAGUUGCUAAUGGUAUUCUAUGGCGAUUAUUUCCGAAGUAUGAGGCAACUGAAUCCAAAUUUCAAUACGAUGCUAUGAUAUCUUAUUCUCACAAAGACAAAGAAAUAUGUCGCCGAAUUCACGACACUUUGAUUGCUGAUAAUUUUCGUGUAUGGAUUGAUCUCGAGCGAAUGUAUGGUGUAAUGAUGCAAGCAAUGGCUGAUGCCAUUGAACAGUCGCGUUACGUUAUAAUAUGCAUGAGUGAUAAUUACUGCGUAAGUCCCUAUUGCCAAGCCGAAGCUCAAUAUGCAUUUGAAAAACGACGUGGCUUAAUUCCACUACGAGUACAGGCCGGCUACAAACCACAAGGAUGGUUGGCAUUUUUAAUAUCAGGUCGAAUGUAUGUGGAUUUUAUGAAAGUCAAUUUCGAUACUGCCUAUACUCAACUAGUAUCAGAACUCCAUCGAAAUCUAGUCGAUGAGAAAAAAAUUUCAGCGAUUGUUUCGUAUUCAAAUAUGAGUGAAACACCAAUAGUGAGGUAA